AUGCUUCAUGGAUCCCAGAAUAAUUUUAACAUUGGUGUGGUAAGUGCAUUUCUGCGCAAUCUGAAGGAAGGAACAGAUUACAUGACGUGUUUUUGGUUUCUGUCAUUGAUUGCUCUUAUUCAGCUGCAUGGGAGUGUCAACCUGUCUUCGACGAAUUCAACCGACUCGUCAAGGGCAACUGGGUCUACUGCUACGGAAAAGACAAAAGAACCUCUGACGGGUGGUGUCAUAAUCCAGGGGAACGUCAGUAACGCCUCAAAGCCGGUGCGAGUGCCCGUCGGUUAUUUCCUGAACUCAGCAGCCACUCUGAAACACCGGAAUAAAGAGAACUCAAGGGCGGCGGCUUUGUCUGAUCAUUUGACUGAUGUAGUGCUGGAAGAGAUAUUCGCCGAACGGCCAAAGCAAAAAGACACGUCGUCAGGCGCUGCGCGCAUAUUCGAAAAGGUGAAAGAGUGGAUACUGAAAAAGACCGGUUUGGCGAACGCCAUACUCAGCUUUCUAACGUACGAAAACGCAACUAUAUCCAAGGCUGCGGAGAACCUCUUCAACAAAAUCAACGAGACCACGUUCGCUCCUUUUGAUGAAUUCGAAAAACACGGCCAGGAACUGUACAACGAUUUGUACUACUUAAUAACCAAGUACCCGUUGCCUUCUUUCGCAGUCGCGCUCGCUAUAUCGAUCAUCUUUUUCCUGAUCACGUUUGCAUGUUCACGCAUGAGAAAAAUGUGCAAACAGUGA